CACAUGAUUUGUGCAGUUUAAAGUUGCAGAACUUUAGGUUACCUCCUGUCGACAAGAGAUAACUCGUAAUGGAAUCCAGUAGCAAAACUGAAUCCACUCCUAAACAAGCAAUGGUGUAUAUUUGUGGAGAAUGCCAUCAUGAUAAUGAAAUUCGUCCUAGAGAUCCUAUUCGAUGCAGAGAAUGUGGCUACAGAAUUAUGUACAAGAAACGUACUAAACGAUUGGUCGUGUUUGACGCACGUUGAUUACUGUAUAACAUAAAGUAUCACAUUACAAUAUAUAAGUAUAUGGUUGCCACCCACAAAAUAAACGACACAAAUUAAACGGAUCACGUGCUUGUUGUAUAAGUUGUUCAACUUGGCCAGGUACACUAAAUACUAAACCUUCUUCUAUA